AUGACUGAUCGAAUCUUUUAUAUUAACUCUAACUUGUCCUCUGUCCCCUGUGAAGGCUGUUAUUCAACGCCCGUGCCUCCCACAGCUCCUUCUUCCCCCGGAUACUACCACGUCCUCUACAAAGGGCACGCACAAGCCCAGAUGGCCUGGCAUGGAGAGACAUACUGUCUGAUUGGAGGCUACCGUGUCUAUGGGGAUGCACCGCUUCCCACACCUGUGAAGGUUGAGGAAGAGAAGCCAGCGCCCAGGAGGGCUCCCAAGAGACAGCGAGUUCAGGAAGAGUCAGAUCAAGAUCUAGGGUGUCCCAGUGCAAAAAUUCCUCGUCUUAAAUUGAAGCAUGGUGGCAAAGGGUAA